AAAUAAAAAUGAUAAAUGUAACAAAUUUAAAUAUAUUAUCCGUGCGUAGCGCGGAGAAAGAAUCUAGUUUUAAUAAUAAUGAUAUAGAUGGUUUAAGAAUUUUAAUUUUAUAAAAGUCAGUUUUAAACCACUAAAAUCCGAAUAUUAGCCGGUUGAAUUUAAUAAUAAGUACUAAACCGGGUAAUCUAAUUGUUCGACUGCGAGCAAUGAUGGUCAGUCGAUGAAAUCCGGUGUCCCAGACUUCCCAGUCAUAAUUUGGUUCAGUUGGGAAAUCUAACGGUUCAAUUGUGGGGAAAUAUGUACGUUAUUAAAGUACAUGGGCUAUCAUGUAAUAAUUGUUAAAUGGAAUGGUUAGUCAAUUGCAUAAUCUAACGGUUAUACAGGGGCAAAUCGGUAAAAGGGACAAAAAGGGGCUUCUAUGCAAAAUAAUGCAUAGACGGUGGUGAGUCAUUCCGCAGUUCUGUAGUGUUAAUAAACCCUGAACCUGAACCUCUUUCUUUCCCCGGAAAUUCAAAAUCAAUUUUGGGGGUUUUCACGAAGAUCGUCGUUUCGUUCUCGGAUUAUGCUGUAGAAAUUCCCAGUUCGAUUGCACGAUGAUUACUUCGAGGGAUGUCCAUGAGGUCGUCUGGAAGCUCUCGUCGGAUAAAGCCAAGACUCGUGAAGAUGGAGUCAAGUUAUUGAACACGUGGCUCGAAGGAGAUAUGUCAAUUAACUUCUGUAGCUUUCUUUCGCAUAACACAGCCAAGCUUAAGUUGGACCAAAUUCCAAAUGCUGAAACGUGGCCCUUUUUGGUUAAAAAUCUCCUUCAAUGUGUAUCAAUGGAGGUGUCAGGUAGUAAGAGACGGAUACCCAAACCCACUUUUGCCAAGGCGCUUCGAGUUGUUAUUCAGAGAGCGGAAGAAACCAAGUUUCCUGGUGUACUCUCUCCUUUGCUAUCUAUGGCCAAAACCAUCUUUACACAUGUACAUGAUAUUUUGAGCAAUACACCUAGCUUUCAUUCAGAGUAUGGGAUCAUACUCCGCCAUCUUUUGGAAAUUAAGGAAUACCGUUUCCAAAUGAGGAAGCGUACAUAUUCCAAUUUGGUGAUGUUAUACCUAGAAAGGGCGGAAGCAGGGUUUUGGGAGAAAAACAGUGGUCAACAUAGCCAGAAGGAGGAGGCGUUUCGUUGUAUUCUUACGCUUCAGUCACUUUUAGAGAACCCCCCAGGAGAUUUCUCUGAUGACAUUCGAAAAGAAAUUGUGAAUGGUCUCAUUCACAUCUUCUCUUCUGCAAGAGAUGAAGAAAAGCUCUCACGCAAGCUUAUUGAAUGUGUAAAUUCGUUCUUGCUGAAGGAUGGUCCUAAUAUAGGCUCCUUGUCAUUGGAAAUUCAUAAUGCGGUCCAACAGUUUGUGUUCCGUUGCUGGUUAACAACCCAUGAUAAGAACCUUAAGGAGAUACUUGCUUUUUAUGGAAGGCUACAGCUAAAUUUGACAAGAGGAUCUAGUGAAUCUAGUUCUCUGUUGGAACAACUUUUGAACGUGGUUACUCGUGAACUGGAUCUUGGUAGUUCAUCAAGUUCUGCAUCAUGGGGUGAUUCAACCAAGGAUGGGACAUUGAGCAGCUAUCAGAAUAGCUUGGUUGAGUUGGCUGCACAUGUGCUCUACCGGGCAGUUGUCAAUACUACUAGAUCAUCACUGUCAGAGAAACGAGCUCGAAGGCAACAUAUUACAUUGCGUCUUGUGGAGGCACUUACUGAAGGAAAAUGGCUGUGGUGUGCUGCUUUUGGUUGUCUGAUUCGGACUCAUUGUACUCGCAUCAACAAGGAUCUCCUUAUUUACUGGUUUGAAGCCAUCUGUACAAACUUUCAAAGACUUGUGGAGGAUGCUAGUAUGAGACGUUCUUAUGAUGGUCUAUUAUGGACUUUGAGGAGUUUGCAAGAGCUAUCUUCUGGUUUGUUACUUCCAACUGCUACUAUCGACAUAUCAAAGUCAACUGUUUCCUCAAGUGAGCUAGAUCGUGGUUGGCAAUUGAUCUGGAGUUCUUUGAUCCACGGACUAGCAACAUUCAGCAGCAUGACCGUAAUUGUUGAUGCUGUCUUGGUGCUCCUUGGAUCAAUUAUUUCAAAUAACCACAUAAACGUGGGGAUUCUACCUCAAGAAGUGUGGGAUCACCAAUUAUUCAGACACAUACCCUCUGAGCCGGCCUUGUACUUCAUUGCAUGUUACUUUUCACGUAUGGGUUGCCAGGGAAACCUGCAAGAUGAUCUACAUCUACGACGCAAUCUCCUUAGAGCAGUUUGUGGCCCCCUUAGCUUGAAGGGUCCAUUGGCACUGAAUGAGCGAAUGGUUCGCCUUCUACCAGCAGCUGCUUUAGCCCUAUGUGCUGGUUUCACAACGACACUUCCAUUACCUAAGGAACAUCUCCCAACACCACCUAGUUGGGAUGCCUGUGAAGUGGUGAAUGAUGUGAAGAUGGAUGAUGCUGAACAAGAAAGAAAAUUUGGACUGUUUGAAUGCUCUGUAGAGGUUCUAACAAGAGUUUACUCGAAUUCUAUCAAGAUCUCUAGUUACCGAGUUCCUGAUGGAGUACAACUACCUCUAGUACUAAGAGAUCCAUUGCUUAAUGACAUGGAAAUCUAUUUUCUUAGCAUUAUCCCAGAGGACAGUGAGAAAGGACCACUUUCUGACAUAUUUAUGGGAUGUUCUCUGCUGUGUCAUUUUAUGCAUGGUUCUUAUACGACGAGGAAGGGUAAGGGAAGCACUUCGUUCUUCUUAAAAGCAUGCCAGUAUUUGUUAGAAAGCCUGGACUACGCUGUUGAAGCAGUUUUAAAGAGCCUCUAUGAUUUUCAAAGGCUUGGACCCCUGGGGUUUGGCUCAGAUUUUAAUGAGAAAAGUUCUAUAAUAGUUUCGUUGAGGUCUCUUACUAGUUCUCCUGUCUUCAGCAACAGAGGAGACCAAAAUCUUCUUGCCACUAGUUAUGAUACUGUAUUUCACUCCUUAGAGGACCUUUUACGGUCGUUUGCUAAAGUUUACGGAGAAUAUACUGAGCACUCAUGGAAUACUAAAUCUGACACUGUUACUUCGAAAUCGUUAGCACUUGAUCCCCCAGAAGUUGGCAGGAUUGUGGAUAUGGAUUUGGAUCUAGAUGUAGACACUAAAGAGAUAGAUCUUAUAACUGCCGGUGGAAAAGCUGUUGCCGGUGGGCCUGUUUCUACGGGGAACUGGAAGUUGGGCAUGAUAUCGCUUAUCUCAUGUUUUUCUCCGGUACUUCAGUUGCCUACAUGGGAUGUUUUAUAUAGUAUUAUGGAGAAGGAAUGUGAUCCUAAGGUUUUGGAAAAUAUACUCUAUCAUCUAUGCCAGCUUUCAUGCUUGACUUCUAUGCCGAAGGUUUAUGAUUUGGUUAUUUUCUUGGAUGACAUGCUCAACAAACAAGUAAAGAACAAGCGUAACUGUCUCAAUAUAGUCACUGCCUUACAUGUUUUACUGCAAAAUUUUUUAUCCUCGGGGAUGGAUUCUUCUGGACUCAAACCAAACUCGGAAUUGUCUCAUCUGAAAGAAGGAGAGAGUUGUCAGAUCUUUGUCCAACUUGGCGCAAUGGUGAAUAAAGUUUCUGAAUGUGGUCUCUUGGGCUGGUUUGGGCGUGUGAGGCUUAUCAGCUGUAUAUGUAAUUUUGUCUUGCUUAAUCCUCAGAUUGGUCAGACAAUGAUUGAGCGACUUUUGCUAAUGCUAAAUGACUCUGAUUAUCGGGUGCGGUUUGUCCUGGCAAGACAAAUUGGGCUUUUAUUCCAGACAUGGGAUGGUCAUGAGGCAUUAUUCCAAGAUAUUUGCUCUAGCUUUGGUAUUAUACUGGUAACCUCCUCAAAGGAAAAGCUUGUCACUGCAAGAGAUGUUUUGGCUGCUGGUCCUCAGCCUCGCCCAAAAAUGGAGACUGUCAUCAUUACUCUUAUGCACCUUGCAUAUCACAGUGAGAACAUAGAGUUGCAAGCUGUUUUUAUGAUGUGCGCUGUUUCAGCUAUAGAUCCUUGUCAGAGGGAAUUAAUCAUUGCUGCACUUGACAAUCUAUCAGCACAACUCCAUUACCCAUCUAGGUUCAAGUACCUGGAAGAACUCUUGGGCCCGAUCCUCUUUUUCUGGAUUGCAUGUGGUGUCAGUUUAGCUGCUCUUGUUGAGACAAGUCAGCUGUUCAUUCUAAAUGCUGAACCGAAAUAUUUCAUCCACUUUUGUUCCCACUGGCUACUUCCAGCUCUUCUGCUGCAUGAAGAUAAUACUAACCUUGAUUGGGUAGCUAAGAUGGCUAGCAAACCGGUGUCUGUGUUGGUCAAAGAAAAUUUUGUGCCUAUCUUUUCGAUAGGUAUGGGAUUGCACUGUAGUAAAACAUCAGAAUGUGAAAAAGGUGCAUUGGUGCUUCAAAAUUCGAUAUUAUAUGUGGGUCAGAUCACCGAGACUGAGAGGGAUAAGCUCAUUAAACGGAAUAUGGUGUCUAUUGUUAGUUUUGUUUUAUCACGUGCUUCCUCUUCACCAGAACCCCCCGUUCCUGCUUUUUCUCGUGACACCAUUUCACGAGCAAUUCAAACAAUUGUGGAUGGUUUUCUGGAAACCGCUGAUUAUCCUAAGAAUGCGGCGGUCAUUGAUAAUAUCAAUGUUUUUCGCCCAGAUAGGGUGUUCAUGUUCAUCACAGAAAUACACUAUAAAAUGUCAGCUGCAUGCCAUCACCGGCAUACGCGUCAUCACCUGGCCGCUCUAGAAGAGCUUACUAUUAUUCUUGGUCAUAGAGCUUUGGUUCCAAGUUCCUUAAAUUAUAUAUUCAAUCUUGUUGGACAAUUUAUCUCCUCUCCCUCAUUACAAGACCAGUGUUGUAGUAUAGCUUCCUGUUUACUGGAUUCGUUCAGAAGCAAUCCGGCCAAAGAAAUUGUCAGUGUACUAGGUGACCAACUCCAGUUUUUGGUUUCAAAACUAGUUACAUGCUGCAUCGAUGCUGAAGCGAACUCCAAAGUUUCUGGUUCUAAGUCAUCUCAACUUGUAAAUUUGCUCCACAAGCUAAUUGCUAAUUCAGAAUCUUCUCUCCAUGAAGAUAUAAGAGAUUUAGAACCAUUGCCCGAUAUGGAAAUUUUUCGUGUCAUUCGCGAAUCACACAUCAGGAGAUGCGAAGGUUACUCACCAAGGAAUCAUCUGUUGAAGUGUGCCAGAAGAUCAUGUUAUCUUCCACCAAGAUUCCUUUCCUGGAGUCUCCAAGCACUGCACCACAAGCUCAUAGCUACUGAAGCUUCUCAAGGAGAGUCAAAUCUCGAAACUGGAGAUAGCUUUUGGCAUUCUGAUGAUGAAAUUGUAAAUGCUGUUUGGACUCUUGUCCGCGUGUCUGCUUCAGAUGAGGCAGAUAGUAUGAGAUUGUUGGCGUCGGAUUUUCUUUCCAGGGUUGGUAUUGGGGACCCCCACACCGUUGUUUUCCAUCUUCCUGGGGAGUUGGGAUCCAUGAAUGAUCUUCAAUUUGUUAGCCAUAAUAAAGGAUCAAAAGUUAGUUCUUUUACUGAGAAUGGCGUAUCCGAUGAAACCCUUAUUUCGCUGUUAAAGAUUCUGAAGAAGUAUCUUUUGGAUGACUCUGUGAAGAUCAUUGACGUAACGUCUCAAACCCUUCGGGGAAUUCUUUCUACUGAAAGGGGGCAGCAAGCAUUAUCUUCUAUCGAUUCGUGUGAGAGAUCUUUGAUUGAGGUACAUGGCAGGGGUGUUAACCUUGACACUGUUGAAAAGAUCUUACUGGAUAGCGAAAAGCAGUACAAAGCUGAAAACUUUUCACUGGAGAAGGCUGAGGUGUGGUCCACAGAUAAUAAAAACUUCGAUGGAUGGAUUUGUCAGCUUGUGUACUGUAUGAUCUCGUUAUGUGAGGAUGUCCCAAUAAGGUUAUGCCAGAAUAUAGCAAUGCUGAAAGCUGAAAUUUCUGAGCUUUUGUUUCCAAGUGUUAUUGUUAGUCUUGCAGGAAGGGUAGGGACUGAUAUCAAUUUACACGAACUAAUUACAUCACAGGUGAAAGAGCACAUCUUCGUCGAUUCAAACAAGCUAACAAAGUCGAAGCAGGUCAUGUUAAACACCCUGAAUGAACUGCGGAUGUGUUAUGUCCUUGAAAGAUCAACUUUUUCUGGGCAAACUAAAAGAGAAAAGAAUACUAAGCAUUCUAACUACAGUUCUAGAUCUAGCUCCAGCGCUGCUAAGAUUAGAGAUGUGGAAACAGCUAAUGGUAUGGCAGCGUCCAUAACUGCAAAUUGGGACAAGGUAUAUUGGCUUUCCAUUGAUUAUCUUGUUGCUGCCAGAUCAGCAGUAGUUUGUGGUGCAUAUUUGACCGCCGCCAUGUAUGUUGAGUACUGGUGUGAGGAGAAAUUUGGCAGUCUAAGCCUCGGAGAUCCUGAUUUUUCUUAUCAUGAUAUGUUACCGGAUCACGUUGAGAUACUUGUGUCUGCAAUAACAAGAAUAAAUGAGGCUGACAGCUUGUAUGGGGUUAUACAUUCCAACAAGUUGUCUGCUCAAAUAACCACAUUUGAGCAUGAGGGAAACUGGAGUAGAGCACUUGAGUACUAUGACUUGCAAGCACGUUCACAGAAAAUGGUGGUGCCUGGUAGCCUUCCUGAAAACCAAGGGGUGGAACAUUUUCAGCCAACAACUAGUGCACAACAUUCUGUUUUUGGCGAAGGGGAGGUCCAGAGACAACCUUUCAAAGGGCUCAUUAGGUCUUUGCAGCAGACAGGCUGUAUGCAUGUUCUCGAUCUGUAUUGCCGGGGCUUGACUUCCCGAGAAGGCUCCUUUCAGUAUGAUCCAGAGUUUAUCGAAUUGCAGUAUGAGGCUGCAUGGCGUGCAGGAAAAUGGGAUUUUUCUUUACUCUAUCCACAAACGCACUCUCCACCUAUGCAACAUGUCAAGAACAAUAAUUAUCAUGAAAAUCUGCACGGUUGUUUGAGAGCUUUGCAUGAAGGGGAUUGCAAUGGGUUUCAUGGAAAACUGAAGGAUGCUAAGAAGGAGCUUGUAUUGUCCAUUUCCCGUGCAAGUGAAGAAAGCACUGAAUUUAUAUACUCAGCAGUAGUGAAACUUCAGAUUCUUUAUCAUCUUGGACUAGUUUGGGAUCUUCGCUGGACGACAUCUUCACAUGAAAGUAUGCAUGGCUAUCCAGUCAAACAAAUGGCAUGUGCUGACCCUGUGACGCCAACAAUGGAGCAGUUUUCUUGGCUGAAUAAGGAUUGGAUCUCUAUUACUACACAAACUCAGUUCCACAUGAAUUUGUUGGAGCCAUUAGUCGCAUUUAGGCGAGUCCUCCUCCAAAUCUUGGGAUGUGAGCAAUGUACCAUGCAGCAUCUUUUGCAGUCUGCUUCCUUACUUCGCAAGGGAUCAAAGUUUUCUCAUGCAGCUGCGUCUCUGCAUGAGUUCAAGUUCCUUUGUGCAAAAAGUGAUGGAGGACAACCUGUUCCAGAUUGGCUUGGAAGGAUUGAAGAGGCGAAAAUAUUACAUGCCCAAGGGCGGCAUGAAGUUGCCAUCAGUCUGGCGAACUACAUCUUACAAAAUUAUCAAUUAAAAGAAGAGGCUUCAGAUAUAUACCGUGUGAUUGGGAAGUGGCUAGCAGAAACCAGAUCGAGCAACUCUAGAACAAUUUUAGACAAGUACCUCAAGCCUGCAGUUUCGCUUGCCAAAAACCCGAGUUCCGAGAUCAGCAAAAGAUUGGUAGAUAGACAAAGCCAGACUUGGUUUCAUCUGGCACAUUAUGCAGAUGCUCUGUUUAAAAAUUAUGAGGAGAGACUCUCUUCCAGUGAAUGGCAAGCUGCAAUGCGGCUACGAAAACACAAGACGAAAGAGUUGGAGCUGCUUAUUAAACGGUAUAAGAGUUCAAAGAAGGGGGAACAAUCUGACUAUUCACUGAAGAUUCAAGAGCUGCAGAAGCAAUUAACAAUGGACAAAGAAGAGGCAGAAAAGCUGCAGGUUGACAGGGAUAACUUUCUGAAACUUGCGUUGGAGGGGUAUCAACGUUGCCUGCAAAUUGGUGACAAAUAUGAUGUCCGAGUGGUCUUUAGACAAGUAUCCAUGUGGUUUAAUCUCACCUCCCAGAAAGAUGUUAUUGAUAACAUGUUGAGCACCAUUAGUGAGGUUCAGUCUUACAAAUUUGUACCACUUGUUUAUCAGAUUGCUUCAAGGUUGGGUAGCUCUAGAGAUGAAUCAGGAUCUAACAGUUUUCAGUCUGCUCUGGUUUCACUUCUCAGAAAAAUGGCCAUUGAUCAUCCAUACCAUACUAUCCUUCAGCUUCUGGCUUUGGCAAACGGUGACAGAAUCAAGGAUAACCAACGCAGUAGAAACUCUUUCGUGGUUGAUAUAGAUAAAAAGGUUGCUGCAGAGCAUCUUUUGCAGGAUGUAUCACAGCAUCAUGGGCCUAUGAUUAGACAAAUGAAACAACUGGUUGAUAUCUACAUCAAGCUUGCAGAGCUUGAAACGAGGAGAGAGGAUACUAAUAAAAGGGUAGCACUGCCAAGAGAAAUUCGUAGUGUGAAACAAUUGGAACUUGUACCUGUAGUGACUGCUACAAUUCCUGUUGACCGUAGCUGCCAAUACAAUGAAGGGUCGUUCCCUUCUUUCAGAGGUUUAUCAGAUUCUGUUACAGUGAUGAAUGGUAUUAAUGCUCCAAAAGUAGUUGAAUGCUUUGGCUCUGAUGGUCGAAAAUAUAAGCAACUUGCAAAAUCUGGCAAUGAUGACCUCAGACAAGAUGCUGUUAUGGAACAAUUUUUUGGGCUCGUCAAUACCUUUCUACAUAAUAAUCGGGACACAUGGAAGAGAAGAUUAGCUGUACGCACAUACAAGGUUGUUCCUUUUACCCCAAGCGCUGGUGUUCUUGAGUGGGUUGAUGGUACAAUUCCACUUGGAGAUUAUCUUAUAGGAAGCUCAAGGGCUGGGGGCGCUCAUGGUCGUUAUGGCAUUGGAAACUGGAAUUAUUCAAAAUGCCGAGAACAUAUGUCGAGUGCAAAAGACAAGCGCAAAGCCUUCAUGGAUGUCUGCACAAACUUCAGGCCUGUCAUGCAUUACUUUUUCCUGGAAAAGUUCCUGCAUCCUGCUGACUGGUUUGUGAAGAGGCUUGCGUAUACACGUAGUGUUGCAGCUAGUUCAAUGGUUGGGUACAUCGUUGGUCUUGGUGACCGCCAUGCCAUGAAUAUUUUAAUCGAUCAAGCUACAGCAGAAGUUAUCCAUAUAGAUCUUGGAGUUGCCUUUGAACAAGGAUUAAUGCUCAAGACUCCUGAACGGGUCCCUUUCAGGCUGACAAGAGAUAUAAUUGAUGGAAUGGGUAUCACAGGAGUGGAAGGCGUUUUCAGGAGAUGUUGCGAAGAAACCUUGUCUGUAAUGCGAACAAAUAAAGAGGCCCUCCUUACAAUUGUUGAAGUUUUCAUACAUGAUCCUCUAUAUAAAUGGGCAUUGUCCCCUUUAAAAGCUUUGCAAAGACAGAAGGAAACUGAAGAUUACGAUGGCGUGAACUUAGAAGGAUUACAAGAGGAAUUCGAAGGUAACAAGGAUGCUGCACGUGCCUUGAUGCGUGUCAAGCAAAAACUUGAUGGCUAUGAGGGUGGUGAGAUGAGAAGCAUACAUGGCCAGGCACAGCAACUAAUACAAGAUGCGAUCGACACAGAUCGUUUAUCCCAUAUGUUCCCUGGCUGGGGAGCCUGGAUGUAAGUAACAACAGCAGCCUUCUUCUACAUAUGCUCCAGUUUCUCUUUUAAGCAAUGUUUGAAAACACUGCUGCCAGUUUUGUAUAUUAACCCAGGAGGGUUUUGGAGCAUUUUGAUACAUAUUUUUGUAUCAUUGGGAACAUGUAUCUUGGGUUGGCGGUACAGUUGUAGGAUUUAAGAGCUAAUAGGCUCACUCGUUAAAGUACAAUUCCAUA